CUCUCUCUCUCUCUCUAGUCUCCACCACCGUCAACACGUAUCAACAUGGCGGAACGAGUGUUGCGACGUCCGGAUGACUCACUGAGUUGCCACCGAGUCCCCUCUCAACGGCUGCCGGAAAAUUAAAGUAUCUGCUAACUUUUCAAAAAAAAAAUCUUUGUUCUUUCACACGGUUUCCGACGACCGCUCAGAAAAAACACGCAGCUUUUGAUCUGGUACGGAUUUCUCGGGAAGAAUUCCACUCAGGCUUCAGCCAGUAUAAGACAUAAUAAGCUUUAUUUCAAUGGCGAGCUCGCCCGGAGGCGGAAAAGAAGCUAUUCGGACUAAGAGAAAGAGAAACCUUCCCGGAAUGCCCGAUCCAGAUGCGGAAGUGAUAGCCCUGUCGCCGAAAUCGUUGAUGGAGACGAACAAAUACGUGUGCGACAUCUGCGGGAAGGGGUUCCAGAGGGACCAGAAUCUGCAGCUCCACCGGCGGGGCCACAACCUGCCGUGGAAGCUGAAGCAGCGGCCGGCCGGCAACGAGGUGAAGAAGAAAGUGUACAUCUGCCCGGAACCGAGCUGCGCCCACCAUGACCCAGCCCGAGCUCUCGGCGACCUCACCGGAAUCAAAAAACAUUUCUGCCGGAAGCACGGCGAGAAGAAAUUCAAGUGCGACAAGUGCAGCAAGUGCUACGCCGUUCUCUGCGAUUGGAAAGCCCACUCGAAGAUUUGCGGCACCCGAGAAUACCCUUGCGAUUGCGGGACUGUGUUUGCCAGGAGAGAUAGUUUCUUGACGCAUAGGGCGUUUUGUGAUGCGCUGGCGCAAGAGAGUGCCAGGUCUUCUCACUCUCACGGCGAGGUUUUGAAUUUGGGAAACCUAAAGCCGCUGCCGCCGCCGUCUUCUUCCAGCCCACCGCCGCAACCUCUGACGCCGUCAACUGCCGUCCUGUCUCCCGUCCUCUCCAUUCAGAGUUCAGAGUUGCCUGAAAACCAAAGUGGAUAUUCGCAUCCGAAAAAGGAACUUCCCCCGGUCUCCGGACGAGGGGGAGGUUCCUCAGCCAGUAGCGGUGGCGGUGGUGGUAACUUCCUCUGGAACGCUAGGGAUGGGUUUUUAAGGAUGCAGGAGACAGAGGAAAGCAACAAUAACAAUAAUAACAACCUUAACACCAAUGAGGGGGCAUUUCUCGGUUUAAUGGGACUGUCGAUGCCCCCCUCGUCCAUGCAUUCGCAGUCGUCGCCGGUGAUGAUGUCACUCUCUUUGUCGCCGACCCCUUGUUACCCCCCGGCCAACUCGGCAGCGUCUAUGUUUCUCUACGACGACACCCGGGCCCACCAUUUCACGCCGCCCCCGCCACCAGCCGCGCUGUCUGCAACCGCUUUGCUUCAGAAGGCGGCGGAGGUAGGGUCGAAAGCGUCCACCACAUUUCUCCAGGGCCUUGGAUUAACGAUGUCUUCAGUAGGAGGAGACUAUUCUUGUGAUCCAAUUCCAGAGAAGAAGCCGUUGACUCUGGAUUUUCUUGGACUGGGAGGGAACCAGACAUCGUCGUCCUCGGCGGACCAAUAUCCUGUGCUGCUGAGUUCUAUGAAUAAUGGGAGGGGGCGGCGGGAUCACUUCGGAAUUGAUGCUUCGUCGUCUUCGUUUACUGGGUUGUUGGGCGGCCAUUCUUGGGAUGACACUUCUGAUCAAAAGCCUGCAGCUGGGUUUCUUUAGGAGUUAAAAAAAAAGAGAUUCUGGGUAGGGAUAAUGUUUCACAGUUGAGCUUAAAUUUGCCUGCUGGAGAGCUUUGAUUGUUUUUUUUUGUUUUUUAAUUAUAAUUUCAGACAUGGACAUGCGUGUAUUUAAUUGAUUCUGUAAAUAUUUGUUCAUAGGAGGAGAGAGAUUCAUCAUUAUGAUUAAUUAAUGCAAAAUGUUCAG